UCCUGAUUGUGACAACAAACAUGGCGGCGCCCUUAGCACUACACCUGGAGUUUGGAGGAGGGGCGGAGCUUCUGUUUGACGGCAUCAAGGAGCAUCAUGUGACUCUGCCCAGCCAAUCAGAGCUCUGGGACAUGAAGCAGCUGCUGGUCUGGAUCAGACAGAACCUGCUAAAGGAGCGGCCUGAGCUCUUUGUCCAGGGGGACACUGUGCGGCCUGGGAUCCUGGUGCUCAUUAAUGAAGCAGACUGGGAACUCAUGGGAGAGUUGGGUUACCAGCUUCAGGACCAGGAUAAUGUAGUGUUCAUCUCCACUCUUCACGGAGGUUAGGACUAAACACACACACAGACACACCGCCUCACCCAGACACACGUCCUGGUCUGCACUUCCUGGACUACAAGUCCACCCGGACAGCGGACCCCACCCCGCUCUCAAGACGUCUCCUCUCCUAUUGUCCCUCCGCACAGCA